GCUCCGCCGAGGCGCCGAGCCCGGCCCCGCGUCCCGCGUCCCGGGCCGGGAGCGCCCGCCGCUGUCCGCAUGCUGCGCUGGCUGAUCGGGGGCGGCCGGGAGCCCCCGGGGCUGGCCGAGAAGUCUCCCUUGCAGUCAAUAGGUGAAGAACAAACCCAAAACCCCUACACCGAGCUGCUGGUGCUGAAAGCUCACCGUGACAUCGUGCGAUUUCUGGUGCGGUUAGAUGACUACAGGUUUGCAUCGGCUGGUGAUGAUGGAGUUGUGGUUGUAUGGAGUGCACAGACAGGAGAAAAGCUUUUGGAGCUCAGUGGACACACUCAGAAGAUAACAGCUGUCACUACAUUCCCUUCCCUGGAACCCGGUGAAGAGCAGCGCCGCCUCCUCCUGACAGCCUCUGCCGACAGAGCAGUGGUCGUAUGGGAUAGUGGUACUGGUAGACAAGUUCAGAGAUUAUCGUGUUUCCAGUCCACUGUAAAGUGUUUAACGGUUCUUCAGAGACUGGACGUUUGGCUGUCUGGUGGGGAUGACCUGUGUGUGUGGAGCCGGAAGUUAGACCUCCUGUGUAAGACCGACCACCUCUCCGAUACAGGGAUCAGUGCUCUGGUUGAAAUACCGCAGAACUGUGUCGUAGCAGCAGUUGGCAGAGAGCUGAUCAUUUUCAGGUUGGUGGCACCCCCGGAAGGAGCCCUGGAGUGGGACAUUGUAGAAGCUAAGCGCCUCCUCGGUCACCAGGAUCAUAUUCUGUCCUUGGUCAAUGUCAAUGAUGUGAGCCUUGUCUCGGGCUCCCACGUUGGAGAGCUGAUGGUUUGGGGCGUCCUGGACUGGACCUUGAAGGCCGCCGAGUGUAACUUCUGGGACCCGUCUCUACAGCUGGACGCCCAGCAAGAGAUCAAACUCUGUCAGAAGCCAAACGACAUUUCCAUUCAUCACGUCACGUGCGAUGAAGAGAACGUGUUUGCUGCCGUCGGGAGAGGUCUGUACGUGUACAACCUGCAGAUGAAGCGGCUCACGGCCUGCCAGAGGGCCGCACACGACUCCAGCGUGCUGCACGUCGCCAAACUGCCGAACAGGCAGCUCAUCUCUUGCUCGGAAGACGGCAGUGUACGCAUCUGGGAGCUACGUGAAAACCAGCAGGCUGCAGCCGAACCCGUGCCCACAGGGUUCUUUAACAUGUGGGGAUUCGGAAGAGUGAACAAACAAGCCAGCCAGCCUGCCCGGAAACAAGAAGUCGCCACUUCCUGUUCACUGGAGCUCAUCGGAGACCUCAUCGGCCACUCCUCCUCGGUGGAGAUGGUUCUAUACUUUGAAGAGCACGGCCUGGCGACUUGCUCGGCCGACCAUCUCAUCAUCCUGUGGAAGCAUGGAGCGCGCGAAUCCGAACGGCGCAGUUUACGACUGUUUCAGAAACUGGAGGAGCAGGGGGCUUGCGCCGCACCGAGCCCCCCGGGACCCUGCGCUGUCCUCGCCUGAGGGCCGUUCUAGUUACAUCAGUGUGGAUGGGCACAGCACACUUAACAAAAAACGCGUAUCAGGAAAAACCAGUGUGGAUGUCCAGUCCCCUUGGCCUGCGCCUCCCACAGGCCAGAGCCCCUCCUCAGGAACAGUCCGAC